AUGAGAACACCUGUUGGAGACCUGAUACCAAUUUCAAAAGAAGAAUACGAUUACGAGAAGAAAGUGAUGGCAGUCGAUUUAGAAAGGAUGAGUCGACUUCUACAUCAAUCUUUUUCUAGAUUGGAUUGCCGCUUCAACAAAUUUGAUUUUGCGCCUCAUGCUCUUUGCAUCCAGACUCCUCCGGUCGGCGCCAUACAAGAAGAAAAUUAUGGGCCAAAAAUUAUACUAGUAUUAAUUAGUGGGUUAAAUUUAUGUCGUCGCAUAGUUGCUGCCAUGGGCCUUAGCCCAUCCCGCCUAGGUUAUCUGUUGCGUGUGUCCCUAGGUUUACUGUCUCUUGCGUCCACUGGUUAUCUUGCUCUUGUUGCUAUUGGUACUCGGUGCAACCUUGCCAUUGGUUUUGUGGCUCUUCCAGCGGUUGGUAUUCGGUCUCUUGCGCCCAUUGGUUAUGUGGCUCCUGCUGCCAUUGAUGUUCGGUUUGUUGUGUCCAUUGGUUGUCUGGAUGCUGCUACUAUUGAUGUUCGGUCUGUUGUGUCUAUUGGUUGUUUGGCAGCUGUUGCCAUUGUUGUUCGAUAUGUUGUGUCCAUUGGUUCUCUGGCUCCUAAUGCCAUUGGUUUUUGGUCGCUUGCGUCGGUUCCUCUUCUAUCGCUUUUGUCCCACUCCCUGAAGCCCCGGUACGUUUUUUAG